AUCGGACGCGUUAGAUCGAAAGUGGUCGCGUCGAAGCACCCGCCAAGCAACAAGCGUAGGGAAAAGAGAGAUAUCCUGUGGUCCUCCGUGGUCGUCUCUUGCCUUUCAGUAGAGAUUUUCUUACUUCUUCGAGCGCGAAGAAAUAAGAAACUUCACUUCUCUGGAAGAGUCGACAAUUUUUAUGUUUCUCGAACGGCUCGGCGCGAUCGCUGGACCACAUCCGAAGGAACGUAUAAUAGAGAAAAAUAAAACUCACGAAUACGCUGGCGCUGGCGGAAAAUCCGUGAACGGGAGGAGGUGGAAUAAAUGAAGAUUUUUUUCCACUUCAAUAAUAUAUUGUAUAAAAAUAGCGAAUAUCCAGUUGUAAGGAAGUGCGCCCAAAGCACGGCAACAGAAGAGAACGUAAGAAGAUCGAUUAAUGCUGAAAUCACCAUAAAACGUGAAAGCAUUAGAAAAAAAAGUGUACCUUGCAGUGUAAAGUGUUCUUAGGUUGUGACGGCGAAAAGUUCAAGUUUCCGCUGACGGUGCGACAGCCUAAAGCUGGCCACGAUUCGCUGCUAGGAGUACCCGAGCGAGCCCUUGGCUGAGGGCUUCCGGGGCAGCCAUCACCAUGGGCACCCCAGUCAAAUGGUUAAUAACAACUGCGCUUCUUGUAUGGUUCGGACAGCAAACACAUGCGCAAUUUUGGCAAGACCUGACAGCAGGCGUAGGCCUUUUCAACCGAAACGAAAGAGAUUACGAUCGACCCGUUCAACAGCAACAAAUCGACCCUAGCUAUAAUGUAAUAGACACAGCCGGUAGUGUUCAUGGUCCACCGACGAAGAACUGCACCUCGGGUAGCGGGUGCUGCAUUCCUAAAUGUUUCGCAGAAAAAGGUAAUCGAGGUUUUCCUGGACCUACGGGUUUGCAGGGCCCGAAGGGUAUGCAAGGAUUCACGGGUGCCGAAGGAUUGCCGGGAAGUAAAGGCUCUAAGGGAGAACCGGGACCGAUGGGACCAUUCGGAAUGAAGGGUGAUCGUGGCCGUGAUGGUGUUCCCGGUUAUCCGGGCGUCCCAGGAACGAAUGGCUUGCCUGGAGUUGCCGGUGCACCUGGUAUUCCCGGUGUUGAUGGAUGCAAUGGCACAGAUGGUCUCCCUGGUUUGCCGGGUUUGAAGGGUGAACCUGGCCCAAGAGGUUAUCCCGGUCUAAGAGGUGAUAAAGGUGAUAAGGGUGAAGCUGCCAGAGAUCCCGAGAAUUAUAACAAGGGACAAAAGGGUGAACCAGGCCAAGAUGGUGCGGAGGGGCCACAAGGACGGCAGGGAGAACUUGGAGAGCGAGGAUACGAAGGCCGGCCAGGUCAGCCCGGUGUUCCUGGUCCACGAGGUAUGAAAGGCGACAAGGGUAUAAAAGGAUUCUGUAUAAAAGGCAACAAAGGUGAAAAGGGUGAAAAGGGCGUAGAAAUAGGUUCUCUGGAAGGCAGCGAGACUGUAACCGGCCCACAAGGACAGAAAGGUGACAAAGGAGACAAAGGGUUGGCUGGACUUCAUGGUGAUAAAGGACAAGCUGGUGAACGUGGAUCUUCUGGUGACCGCGGCUUGAAAGGAGAAAAAGGUUUACCAGGACAACCGGGACCCAGAGGACGCGACGGUAAUUUUGGUCCAGUAGGAUUGGCUGGACAGAAGGGUGAUCGAGGUGUAGAAGGAUUGCACGGGCUGAAGGGUAAUCCUGGUCCCAAAGGUGAAUCCGGUAGAGAUGGUACACCUGGCCUGCAAGGUAUCGCUGGUCCGCAGGGUCUUCCGGGUGGCGGAGAAGGGCGCCCUGGGGCACCAGGUCCUAAAGGUCCUCGUGGUUAUCCUGGUCCACAGGGCCCAAAGGGUAUCGAUGGUUUUCCUGGCGAUCCAGGGCCACGUGGUCAAGUUGGUCCAAAAGGAGGACAAGGCAUUCCCGGUCGUCCAGGCCCCGAAGGAUUCCCAGGCGAGAAAGGUGAAAAAGGAGAGUCUGGAGCUAUCGGCUUACCUGGCCCUCAAGGCCCACGUGGUUUCCCCGGUGCACCAGGUCCAGAAGGUUUACGUGGCGAGCCCGGUGAGCCUGGAUUAGGUAUUCCUGGUCAGAAAGGUAAUUCGGGUAUGGCUGGAUUCCCCGGUUUGAAAGGACAAAAAGGUGAACGCGGAUUCAAGGGUUUGAUGGGUGCUCCGGGAGAUGCGAAAGAAGGUCGCCCCGGUCUACCAGGUAGAUCAGGACGUGAUGGAGAAAAAGGAGAUUCCGGAAGACCCGGUCUACCAGGGUUGAAAGGAGAACGUGGCGAGAAAGGAGAAAUCGGAGGUCGAUGCUCGGACUGUCGUCCCGGAAUGAAAGGAGAAAAGGGUGAGCGAGGAUACGAUGGUCCACCAGGACGAUCUGGCACUCCAGGUGCAGCUGGAGAACGUGGAUAUCCGGGGGAAAUGGGAUUAGACGGAAAUCCAGGUCUACGUGGUGAGCCAGGAAUCAAGGGAGAACCAGGUAUUAAUGGUCUACCUGGACCCGCUGGUGAGCGGGGUGAGUCUGCUAUAGUCGAUUUAGACCAAAUUAAACCAGAUAAGGGUGAGAAGGGAGAACGUGGUGAUUCAGGUCCGCCAGGCGUCAAGGGUGAACGUGGAGGUUACGGCCCACGCGGUCCAAUCGGACCUAAAGGUGGAUUUGGUCCUAAGGGUGACAAGGGUCGACCAGGAGAACCAGGUAUUGAUGGAACUCCCGGAACUCCAGGACGUGAUGGCACACCAGGAAAACAAGGAGAAUCAAUUCGGGGCGAGCCAGGUCUGAAGGGAAACCCAGGGCAAAGCGGACAAAAAGGUGACAAGGGCAUAGAAGGAUUCAAAGGAGAACCCGGCAGAUGUACUAGUAUUCCACCUAACUUCGAAGAAGCUGUCACUGGUCCUCCUGGACCACAAGGUGAAAAGGGUUUUAUGGGCCCCACUGGAAUUCAAGGUGAGAAAGGAGACAAGGGCGAUAGAGGUUUGACCGGACUUGCUGGUUUGCCUGGUCCUCAAGGGCCUCCCGGUCCAGUCGGUCCCAGAGGUUUAUCUGGUCCGCGAGGAGAGAAGGGAAUUUCAGGUCCAAUGGGUUUCCCAGGUAAUCCAGGAAAAGAUGGUAAUGCUGGAAUACCCGGACUACCAGGUCCCAAAGGAAACAAAGGUGAUCCAGGUUUAUCAAUGGUUGGCCCACCUGGUCCGAAAGGUAAUCAAGGUUUGCGAGGACCUAAGGGUGAUCGUGGAAGCCCAGGUGAUCGAGGUGAUACUGGACCUCCUGGCAUAGUUGGUUAUCCAGGAGAAAAGGGUGAUUCAGGUUUAGCUGGUAUAUCCGGUCUUCCUGGUCCUGUUGGACCGAAAGGUGAACCUGGUCCUAAGGGUCCAGCCGGUCUUCCCGGAGCUCCUGGACGACCAGGAAUAGACGGAGUGAAAGGCUUGUCCGGAUUGAAGGGUGAUGUCGGAGCCCCAGGUGUAAUUGGUUGGCCCGGUCAAAAGGGUGACACUGGUCCUCCAGGUAACGACGGCAGUAAAGGUUUCCAGGGUCGAAAGGGUGUGCAAGGAUUACCAGGUGCUCCAGGUCUGCCUGGAUUACAAGGGCCUAAGGGCGAGCGUGGAGAAAAAGGAGAUAAGGGUGAAUUUGGGUUAGUAGGAUCUCCUGGUUUGCCUGGCCCUCCAGGGCCUUUUGGACCGAAAGGAGAUAAAGGUUUGCCUGGUCAACCUGGUUUGGAUGGUUUAACAGGUCUUCAAGGAGAGAAAGGUGAUCGAGGAUUCACAGGUCUGCCGGGUCUCCCAGGAGAGCCAGGUGCAUCAUCUGAAAAGGGCCAGAAAGGCGAACCUGGAGCGCCGGGUUUACGAGGUGUUGAUGGUCGACCUGGAUUAAAUGGCAUUCCAGGACCUAAAGGUGAUGCUGGGCUGCCAGGCUAUGGACGACCAGGUGCUCCAGGCGAGAAGGGAGAUCGAGGUAACUCAGGGCUUGAUGGACUGCCUGGUAUCGAUGGACAGAAAGGCGAUGCAGGAGUGACUGGUUUCCCAGGUAUAAAAGGUGACAAAGGCACAGCUGGUCUCCCUGGUAUUCCAGGUUCCCCAGGUAUGGAUGGUGCACCUGGCCUUGAGGGUCUUCAAGGGCUCCCAGGUCUUAACGGCGAAAAGGGUGCUAAGGGUGAAGAAGGUCGGAUAGGAGAACGAGGAGAUCGUGGCGAAAAGGGUGAUGUUGGUCUCCCUGGUGCACCUGGAUACAUGGGUUUGAAGGGUGAACGUGGUAUUCCUGGAGAAAAGGGUGCAUCCGCUGUCGCGAUUGAAAUUAAGGGUGAAAAGGGUGAGCUAGGUUUCCCGGGACCAGUUGGAUUGCCUGGAAAGACUGGUCCUGCUGGAUUAACUGGUGAAACGGGAAUGAAGGGUACCCAAGGUGUUCAAGGACCGCCAGGUUUCCCAGGACCACCAGGACUGAACGGACUCCCAGGUAUGAAGGGUGAUAUUGGUCCUAUGGGCGAAAAAGGAGAGCCAUGCCCGGUAGUGAAGGGCGAGAAGGGUCUGCCUGGAAGGCCAGGUAAAAAUGGCCGAGAUGGUGGACCGGGUCCACUCGGAGAAAAAGGUGAUAAAGGCUUGCCUGGUUUACCAGGUCCGGAAGGUCCUCCCGGAUUGCCUGGUCCUCUUGGAAGACAAGGAGAAAAGGGUGAUCGAGGAGAUUCGGGCAUUGUAGGACGACCCGGUAAAGAUGGCUUGCCUGGAAUUGAGGGAGUCAAAGGUGAACGAGGCUUCCCAGGAGAAAAGGGUAAUAAUGGCCCUCCAGGAUUCCCAGGACCUCAAGGAGACAAGGGAGAUAGAGGUCGUGACGGUCGUGACGGUUUUAAUGGUCAACAAGGUCAAAAGGGUGAACGUGGUCCCCAAGGACCAGAGGGCUUAGCUGGCUUAGUUGGCUUGACAGGAGAGAAAGGUGACAGGGGAAUCCAAGGCUUCACAGGUCUUGAUGGUGCUCCAGGUGAGAAGGGUCAGAAAGGUGAAACUCCAGCUUUACCACCGCAACGAAAGGGUCCUCCUGGUCCACCAGGUUUCGAUGGCCAAAAGGGAGAAAAGGGAUUGCCAGGUUUACAGGGACCUCCUGGUAUUCCUGGGGCCGUUGGCUUACCUGGCGAAGUUGGUAUGCGUGGAAUUGAAGGCAUUCGUGGUCUACAAGGUAUUCGAGGUGAGAUUGGAUUAGAAGGUCGACCGGGAAGAGAUGGAUUCCCGGGUAGUCCUGGUCCUAAAGGAGAGGCUGGAGCGCCAUGUUCCCCUGCUCCUGAUUACCUAACUGGAAUUUUGCUUACCAGGCACAGCCAGUCGGAAGAAAUUCCACAGUGUGAGCCUGGUCACACCAAGCUUUGGGAUGGAUAUUCUCUCCUAUACGUUGAUGGAAACGAUUUCCCACACAAUCAAGAUCUAGGUUCUGCUGGCUCCUGUGUUCGAAAGUUCUCUACUCUGCCAAUUCUAGCUUGUGGUCAGAAUAAUGUAUGUAAUUACGCGUCGAGAAACGAUCGAACCUUCUGGUUAUCCACUUCGGCUCCGAUUCCCAUGAUGCCGGUAACCGAACACGAGAUGCGCCCUUACAUUUCACGUUGCACAGUUUGUGAAGCUCCAUCCAACGUGAUAGCCGUUCACAGUCAAUCAUUGGCGAUACCAAGUUGUCCGAAUGGUUGGGAGGGUCUUUGGAUCGGCUACAGCUUCUUAAUGCAUACUGCCGUUGGCCAUGGUGGUGGCGGCCAGUCUCUAUCAGGACCUGGUUCCUGCUUGGAGGAUUUCCGCGCCACUCCGUUUAUCGAAUGUAAUGGUGGCAAAGGUCACUGUCACUACUACGAGACUCAGACUUCCUUCUGGCUCGUAACGGUCGAAGAUCACCAGCAGUUCGAGCGGCCACAGCAACAGACCCUGAAGGCGGGUAAUUUGUUAUCGAGAAUAUCCAGAUGUCAAGUGUGUAUGCGUGUCUAGUUCUUCCUUCUCUCCUAACAGCAGAAGUAAAGUUUCUAAUUUAUACGAUAACGUGCCUUCUUAAGUUAUUUUACACAAAGUUAGAAGCUGUAAGAGAUUUUACAGUAAAGUUAGAUUUUAUAUUAAAUGAAAGUCCGAAAUGAAACCAAAAACAUGUAAAAAAAACUGAACGUAUGUAAGUUAAAAAAGUUAAAAUUCCUGUAGCUUUUAUAAAAAAAAAAAACAUUUAUGCAACUGCAUUUAGAAAUAUGGAAACACUGCUCUAGUUUCUUGUAGUUACUUCAUUCGUAAUAUCUAUAAUACUGCCUUUUUGUAAUAAACUCCAUAACACCGAGAAACGUUCAAGAAAACCUCCCAGCAACGAAUUUAGUUAGCAAGUAACGAAGUGUAGUUUUAAUUUUUACCAGUGCUACUACUCUUGUGAUUGAUUUCUUACUUCCAAUUAUUAUAAAUAACUGCCCAUGUUUCUUAUUCGAAUAUAAACACGAAGAGUAGAACUACCACGUUGGGAAAACGAUGUGUUCAUUGAAGGGUAUAUGUACAUCAUGUUGAGAAAGAUCGAUCACUUCUUCCAGUUUUAUUAUAAGAUUACUUACGUUUAGUUACUGAUUAGCGUGCCAUCAGAAAUAGUCACUCAAGAACGACAAAGUUCACAACAUGUGCAACCCGACGAAUACUAUCCUUGAACUAUAGUGAUUUGUGAAAUCGAGAACACUAUUCAACAAUUAACUCCGUGUACUCCAAAUGAGCACCAUAAAACGCAUUUUGUAAACUGUACAUUUCCGUUCUAUUUACGCUAAGUGUUGUAACCAAGUAACAUUUUCUCUUUUCUGCGUUUCUAUUUCUUGUAGCAGGAACGAUCAAGUCUAAAUAAAGUUCUUAUAAAAAUAAA